AUGAGGAAUAUAUCUCCCAACUUGGAGGUCCGGCAGGUAGAGGUUGCGCCCAAGAACGCCCUCACGAACGAACGGGUGCAGCGAUUCUGCCUGGGGGCUGGCGACGGCCGUCUCUACUGCGCAAAUGAUGCUGGGGCCGUCGCCUGCGUGGCGGAGCAAGACUGCAGGGUACUGUGGCGCGCCCCUCUGCUCCCGGCACGCGCCAGCGGCGCCCCCGUCCCCGCUGUCGUGGCCCUCUCGCACGUGCUUGAGCUUGACGCGCUGUUCCUGGCGCUCAGCAGUGGCGAGCUGCUGCUGCUGCACACGGCGAGCCAGGACGUGGAGGAGGUGGGAUCAGUGGCCGGCGGGGUCGACGCGGCGGAAUGGAGCCCAGACGGCGAGGUACUUGCCGUGGCGGGUGCAGGUGGGAAGGUACUGCUGCUGAGCAAGGACUGGGACGUGCUGGCGGAGGCCGCAAUUCCACUUGACAAGCCUGCCCCCGCCGACGCCUGCGGCAGCAGCGCCCCAAGCGCUGGCUGCAGCGACCGGGGCGCGCGCAUCGCGUGGCGUGGGGACGGGCGCUUCUUUGCUACGAGCAGCUCCGGCGCAGCUGGCGGGGGCCCGGGCUUUGGCAGCGGCACCUCGAGCUGGCGCAUACACAUCUGGGAUCGCGAGGGCUGCGUGCUCCACGCCACUGCGGACGCCGGCCCCGGCCUGGGCCCGCCGCUCUGCUGGCAGCCCAACGGGCGCCACCUGUACGCGGCGGCCGGGGUCGCGCCAUCGGAGGCGGCGGCUGCCCACGAGGGGAUCGUGGGGCUCUUCGCCGCCGCCGCAGCCGCGCGGCUGCGGGACGCGGGCGGUGGAGUCUACCCUGACACCGCUGCAGCUGCGGUCUCAGCCGCCGGUCUCGAAGACGCCGCGCCCCUGCAGCAGCAGCAGCAGCAGCAGCAGCAGCAGCAGCAGCAGCAGCAGCAGCAGCAGCAGCAGCAGCAGCAGCAGCAGCAGAGGGUCUUGCUGUUUGAGCGCAACGGCCUGCAGCACGGCGGGUUCGACGUGCCGCCCGUGCGCGGGGAUGAGGCCGCUGCCGUCGUGCGCGAUCUGAUCUGGAGCGCGGACUCUGAGCUGCUCGCGGUGGUGCUGGGGCCAGGCGAGCAGCCGCCUGGAAGCAGUGAUGGCGGCGAGCGGGGCGGCGGCGCGGGGGAUGGCUGGCGAGUGCAGGUUUGGCACAGGUCUAAUUGGCACUGGUACCUUAAGCAAGAGAUCCCAUUCAGUGGCCUCCCGAGCAGUGUUGCCGGCCCCGGCCCGGCCCUGACGGCCGCAUGGGACGGCGAGCGGCCUGGGCUGCUGCACAUCGUUGGGGCCUGUGGGCAGUAUGUGCGCGCGGCCCUUUGCUGGCAGGGCUGCGUGAGCGCGAGGGGGACGGCCGCGGUGGUGGACGGAUGCGAUGUCCUCAUAACGCCCUUCAGGCGGUCGUCCGCACCGCCGCCGUCAUGCGCGGCGCGCGCUCGCUUUACACGGCCCGUUAGCCUGGCUGCCUUGCUUGACGACGACGGCGCCGGCUGUGAGGCCCUUGCUGCGCUGCUGUCGUGCGGGAGCAUCUCAUUUGUUAGGACGGUGGACGGCGACCAGUGGGAGGAGACCCUUGAAGAGCAGGCGGUCUGGCAGUCGCAGCGGCGGCGACGGCAGCACGAGCUUGGCAGCUGUCCAGAAGCUGGCGGCGGCUUACGGCAGGAGGCAGCGGAGGAAGGGGGACGGCGGCAGGCGGGGGCAAGGCCGGCGGCGCAGCACCAGGCACUCAGGCAGCGCGUGUCGUCCGCAUGGGAUGAGGCGAGCGCUCUGCUGCCGCUCGGCGCUCCACUUGGGGUGGCCGCCGCCGCGGCAGUGCCGGCGGGCGGCUUGCCGCUUGCUGAGGGGCGGCGCAUCAAAGGCAUGGCCUGGGUCGGUCCUGGACGGCUGCUGCUGGUCGCUGCGCCGCACCCCGAGGCGGAGUUUGAGGGUGGGCAAGGGGACGUGCUGGUGGAAGUCGCCGUGAAGCUGCCAGAGCCGCUGAUGUCAGCGCGGGAAGGCGAGGGGGUGGAUCUGGGGCAGGGGCAGGGCGGCGUUGCGGCGCCUGAGUUGGAGGAGGUUGCGGUCAGCUAUUCGGGCGGCAGUGUGCUGUGCGCUGCGUCGCUGCCCCCGCCGUCAGCGUUGGCGGGGCAGGGGAGAGAGCUUUGCGCCAACAACGCCGGCGGCGGUGAUGGGGGUGGUGUGCUGCUACAGCUGGCGUCCGGGGCUCUGAUGCGCUGGGACGCCGGCGCCAGCGCGCCAGCGCCGCUCGCCGCCGGCGCGUCCUUUCCCGUGCCGUGUGCCCCGAUGGCGGCGCUGCCGCCCGGCGGCAUUGGGGCCGCCGCGGCGGUUGGGCUCGCAGCGGGCGGGGCGCUGUAUUACGGGAGCAGGCUGGUGGCGGGCGGCGUGACGUCUUUUGCAAUCAGGUGGGGCGGCGCUGGCGGCGCCGCGCUGCUGUACACCACGCGGCAAUCGCUGCUCUUCACGGUCAUGCUGAGUCAGCUGGGCAGCUAUGUUCACAGGGAGCCAGAUGUGGCGUCCCUGCCAAGCUGGCAUACCCAGCCCGACGACCUCAGGACUGCAAUGGUGGCGGCCAUGCGGCCCUCCAACACGGCAGCCGCGGCGCGUGACAUUCACGUCCGAGCGAUCGAGCAGGGCGCCCGCCUCGUGGCUGCGCCCGCGGGCGGCUGCCAGGCGAUUUUGCAGAUGCCACGCGGCAACCUGGAAACCGUGUCUCCUCGGCUGCUGGUGCUGGCAGCAAUCUUGGGCCACCUGCGAGCUGGAAGCUACCAGGUUGCCUGGAAGCUUGCCGGAAGCCAGAGGGUGGAUUUGAACGUGCUGGUGGACGACAGAUGGCCAUCAUUUCUGGAUCAGGCACCCGCCUUUGUGCAGGCGAUCUCGGAUCCUGCAGACCUGUGUGAUCUGCUGUUUGCCAUCAGGCCCGGCAGCGCGCUUGCGCCAAGCGGCCUUUAUGCCGGCGCCGUCGCAGCGGCCGGCCUCGGCUCCACCGACCACGGGCGCGGCGCGGCCUUGGCGGCGUCCGCGCCGGCUCCAGACGCCGCCUCAAGGAAGGUGGCGGCGGUGUGCGCCGCCGUGCGCGCAGCCGUGCUGCAGCUGGGCGGCGCAAGCGACGGCGGCGGCAGCGGCGCCGGCCUCGACGGCGCCUUUGGCAGGCGUGUCAGCGGCCGCGGCGCCGGUGGCGGCAAAGGGGCUGCGAUCGGCGGUUCCGAUGGCGGCGGCGCCGGCGGUGGCGGCGGGAGUGCGAGGUACCUGAAGGUUGUGGUGACCUCCUAUGCCCGCAGCGACCCUCCUGACCUCGAAUCGGCCCUGCUGGCGAUCAGGGAAGCGAAGGAGGCGUCCCUCGCGCUGGGCGACCCCGACGUGCAGUCCGCGCCGGGCCCUGUCGGCGGCGCUGCCGGCGACGACGGCGGCUUGGAGGAGGGGGCGGCCGACCACAGCAGCGGCACGGCUGGCGGGGUCGCUGGCAGUGGGGACGCCGGCGACGACAGCGGGUGCGGGGCCGCGCUUGGCGCUGCCGCGGACGCGGCGCUGCGGCACCUGCUGCUGCACGUGGACGCGGAUCAGCUGUACCGCUGUGCCCUCGGGAUCUAUGAUCUUGGCCUGGCUUUCAUGGUAAUCAGCCACGCUCAGAAGGACCCAGGGGAGUAUCUGGACGAGCUCUCGAGGUUUGGGGCCAUGCAGGACCCCAACCUGCGGCGCCACGCCAUUGACGUCCACCUGCGCCGCUACCCUUCAGCCCUUACCCAUCUAGCCGCCGCCGGGCCGGGCCACUUCGAGGCGGCGCUGGCGCUGGCGCAGCAGCACGGGCUGCUGCGACAGCUGCUUGAGAACGUGCGCACGCAAGCGGCCCUUGACCAUAGCAGUGGCGGCCAAGGCGGCGGGGAGGCAGAUGCUGCGCGGCGGGAGAGGCUGGCCAGGGUCUUGUCCGCCCACGCCGCUGCGCUGAGCGCCGCUCAGCGGCACGAGGACGCCGCCGUCGCGCUGCUCGCCGCCGGGGACCCCAACGGCGCUAUCUCGGCCUACUCCGAGGGCGGCCACUGGCGCAUGGCGCUGGCGCUGGCGGCGCGCGCAGGCUGGGGCCCGGACCGCACGCGGCAGCUGGCCCAGGAGCUGGCCGUCGGGCUGGCGGCAGGCGGGCAGGCGGCGGACGCGGGGCAGGUGCUGAGGGAAUACCUUGGUGACGUGGAUGGGUGUGUCUCAGCGCUGGCGGGCGCGCGGGAGUGGCGUGAGGCGCUCAGGGUGGCAUACGCUGAGGGCAGGCCCGACCUUGUGGACACUGUGGUGGCGCCCGGCGCGGCUGAGUCUGCGGCAGCUCUGUUUUCAGAGGCCAAAGAGGCCCGGGAAAAGGUAUCAAAGUACCUUGGACGCAUCAAAGAGGUCCGCUCCCGCCGCCUCGCGCUGCGUGCCACCCUGGAGGCCGACGCGGACGACCCCUCAAAUGGCGCCCACGAUGACGCAAUUUCAGAGGCUCCCAGCGUGAUAUCUGGCUUCAGCAUCUACACCGACGCGACCACGGCGGCGCCGCGGGGCAGCAGCGUUGCGUCCGACAGUGGCGCAGGUGGCGGCGGGAGCAGCGCGGCAAGUGCACCGCCGUCCACGGUGGGCGCCCGAGGCGCGCAGCGGCGGGGGCAUAAGAAAAUUAGGAAAGGGAGUGCCAGCCGGAAGAUCAAGCAGGGCAGCCCUGAGGAGGAGCGGGCGCUCAGUGAGCACCUUGCCAACCUCGGACCCCCAGAGCAUGCCCUGGUCGAAGCCGGCCAGAUCACGGAGCUGCUGUGCGUGCUAGGGCACGUUGACGAUGCGCAGCGCCUUCAGUUUGAGGUUGGAGCGUGGCAGGCAGAGCAUGCGGCGGCGGCAGGCCAGCUUGCAGCGAUGGCUGCAGAAGAGCAGGCUGUGAACAGCAGUGACAUGUUGCAGCAACAGCAGCUGCAGCAGCAGCAGCAGCCCCAGCCCCAACAGUUGCAGAAG